AUGGACUCCAGCAUGUCAUCUUCGCCUUCUUAUCCCCAACAAUACGGCGGCUCUAACUAUUCUCCCCAGUGGGCCAACCGGAACAAUAACAAUGAUAACAACAACAAUGGGUAUCGAAACGAUUAUCAGCAGCCCUCUCAAGGUGGUGGCUAUUACUAUCCCCAGGGUAACAAUAUGAGACAGGCCAUCAUGCGGGACCAGGAGCAACGACGGUUACAGUAUCUGCAACAGAUGCAAGAACAGCAGAGGCGUCCUAGCGGGACCGUCCAGAGUGCAGGACAAGACGGCCAAGCGGAGGGUGCUCGGGACUACCAACCCGGCCAAGCACAGCCCAACGAGCCCGAGCGACAAUCUGACGAGCUCACCAGCUUCCAAGCCGGCCUCCCCCCCGCCGAGCCGACCAGCCUCAAGAACGUCGCGCCCGAGAGCGAGCUGAAGACCGCUAAUAUCAAGGCCGCUAGCUUGCAAGCUACUCCCUCUCACUUCAAGGCCGCUGACUUGCAAGCUCAGCCCGCUAACUCGCCCGGGCAAACUGCGCCUUGUGCACCGGGAUCUACUGCUUCUUCAUGGGGUCACCCGGUAUGGUGGGGUUGGUCUGACUCCGCCGGAUGUGGUCAAUAAGUCAACGACGAUACCGGUCGGUCGGAUUUCCGGACGGGAAGUAAAGAGCGGUAGAGAGAGGCUGGUUCACCUCGACUACAUACCAAUCCCAACUUCCACACCUGUUCUUUUUUUUGUACUUCCUCUUAAUUAUAUGCAUUCUCCUACAUUUUCAUCACUUGGGUGAUCUUUUUAUUAUAUUUUGAUUUUUUUUCUUUCUUAAAAAGCCGUUUAAUUUCCUUUGAAGCUUGAAUAAAUUUGUAUUUUUUUUUCUUACUUGCCAAUAUUCCUUGAUUAAGGGUGUUCAAUUAUUGCUAAUGUUAAACUAGAGGCCAGCACUCCCCGA